UUGAUUGGCGCCCUGAAGUCUCUAGGUCCAGAAUGCCCGACCUCUAGAAAAGAAAUGUCCUUUGGUGCCUGACAUGGUGAACCAGAAACAGACUCAACACGACUCCUCAUGCUCCACCAUAGCCUUGAGAAAACAUAGUGCUCAAGUUUCUUUUUAUUUUGUCCUUAGGGGCAGGAUAGAAGAAUCUGCAGCAUUUUUACAAAUUCAAUCCAUUGAUCGUCAACCGUAUAACAUUCGCUGCCUCUAGGACAACACGGUCAUUCUCGAGUGCCUCAUCUACGUCGCCUCGCUCAAGACCUUCGUUCCCUAAAGCUACGAUGUCUCAACGACUGCACAAUACGGAGGGUUGGGAAGAUGAUAAGGGCCAAGAGCAGUCUCGCCCUGCACCUUUGCAACAAAUCCCCGCCGCCACCGCUAUGUCCGCUACCCAUAUGCCCGCCCCCGCGCUCCCAGCCGCUCCAGCUACCGGUUCCGCCGAUACAGAGACGUCUGCCGGCGUCCAAAGCCCGAAGCAGGUGGAAAAUCUGUAUUACAACGUUCCUAUGUCACGUGGCCAUAUUCGCUUGCUUCAAAUAUUGCCGCAUGAAAACGAGGACGCCGCAAUACACUGUCGGCUCUUCUGCACUGCAUUGGACUCGAAAGGCACUCGUCCAUACGAGGCCUUAUCCUACGUAUGGGGCUCUGAGGACAAGCGUUGUUCCAUCUUUAUAAACGGGUGCAACUUAGCCGUUGGGGAAAACCUUUACGCAGCGCUGUUACAUCUUCGAGACCAUUGCAUUGAACGAACAAUAUGGAUAGAUGCCAUUUGCAUCAACCAAGGAGACAACGAAGAAAAAGGACACCAAGUUCAAUCUAUGGCGAAGAUCUACGCUAAAGCAAGUCGCGUAAUUGUUUGGCUUGGAGAGGAGGCAGCCGGUAGCGACCAAGCGCUCGAAGAAAUACGCAUCGCAGCCGAGCUGUCUACAGGACGAUUAGACACCGAGCUGUCUACAGGACGAUUAGACACCGAGCUGUCUACAAGACCAUUAGACAAUAAAGCGGGAAUCCUUACACUACUUCAACGACCGUGGUUUCGGCGCAUCUGGGUGCUUCAGGAAGUUGCCGCGGCUCGCCAUAUCCUGAUUAAGUGUGGUUCUACUGAGGUUGACGGAUUUGCAUUCUGCUCAGGCCUAAAUGUAUUGAACUUGUUCAAUGAACUCUCCGCAGACCUGCGGGCUCGAAUCCUUUCGGUAACCUACCUUAUAAGGGGCGCAAUCUUCCGGCCCAAAUACGCGACCAGUCAGUCAGACAACUUUUCUCUUGACAUACGCCCUCUGGGUGAACUGAUAGAGAUGUACCACACCCGCGAAGCUACGGAUCGUCGCGAUAAAGUAUAUGCCUUACUCGGUAUGAGCUCUGAUAAUCCAACCGCAGCAGGAUUAUUCGCCGACUACCAGAUUUCGUGGAAACAACUCUUCAACAAACUCAUCCACUUCUUCCUAUCUGAAUUGGUCUCUGUAGACAUUUCGGACGAUAAGGAGAUUGCCGUCAUUGAGGGCAAGGGCUGCAUUCUUGGCGAAGUGUCCUCGGUCAAGAGAAAUGCUACUUGGGAAGACAGACAAGAUAUGGCCAUUACUUGGACUAAUGCUCCCAGCUAUAUUUACGUGAAGGAAGCAUGGGGUUCUUGCUGGACCCUCCCGAUCACAGUAAAAUCCGUCCAAAAAGGAGAUGUCGUUUGCCUUCUUCAAGGAGCGUCGAGACCCACGAUCCUCAGGCCAUACAACGAUCACUGGGCGGUUAUAAUGAUUGCAGUUUCCCCAGCAGGCGAUUCACAAGCUACGACCGGAGAUAUAUCGAUAAUAGUCUUUCCACACAAUUUUCUACUUAUCUGGGAUUGGGAUAUGGAUUCAAACAAGCAGCAAGAUAAAAACAACCACGACUACUUUGCAAGCAUUCCAGUACCAAAGCAUUCAAAGACAUGGUUGGAAGGUUGUCUAAAUGCGGCGACUAGGAUACGGAAUGUCAGAUUGGUAUUACAAGAGGUGAAACAGUAUGGAGUUGCAGUGAAGAAUUUUCGGGAAGAAACGGCGGUUCUUGACAGGGUAUUGAGGAGUAUGAGCAACUUAAAAAAGACUUGCCUAGGUCCCAAGGAUUCAGAAAAGGAAGAUGCAAAGGAAAUAAUGGUAAAUCAACUUAUUGAGGACAAGGGCCAA